CUCAGGCGGACCUGUAGAGCGGCUCUGGAAGCGGAUCGUGCGGGUCCCGGUCUGAGCGUCAGUUCCUCCCGGUGCAGCGCGGAGCGGCCCGCCGAGCUCAGGAGACGUCCUCCUGAUGAAGACAGCCCCUCUUCCACCUGUCCAUCCUCCUCUUCCUCCUCUUCAUCUGGCCUCAGACUCCGCCCACAGUAGCAGGUAAAGAGGAGCUGCCAUGUCGGCCUCCUCCGUCCCUCCGUCCCUCCUCCUCCUCCUCCUCCUCUUCCUCGCCCCUCCCGUCCAUCCCGUCCAUCCUGAUGAUGCCUUGCUUCAGAGGCUGGAGCUGCAGGGCGCCCCGCUGUCUCACCUGCUCCUGGACCCGGGGGCGGGGCGUCUGUACGUGGGCGGGGUCGACCACCUGUACCAGCUGACCCCCGACCUGAAGGUGACGUCUCACGUGAAGACGGGUCCUCACCUGGACUCCCCGGACUGCCUGCCCCCCAUCGUGCCCCAGGACUGCCCCUCGGCCACGCCCACUCACAACCACAACAAGCUGCUGCUGCUGGAGCCGGGCCGGGGGGCGGGGCCGGGCCAGGGGGCGGAGCUGGGCAGCCUGAUCGUGUGCGGGUCGCUGUUCCAGGGCAUCUGCGACAAGAGGAGUCUGUCCAACAUCUCGCAGCUCCUCUACCAGACGUCCAACCCCGUGGACACGCAGUACGUCGCCGCCAACGACCCCCGCGUUUCCACCGUGGGCGUGGUCAUCAGCACCCGGACCAGGCCGGAGGGCGGCGGCGGCCCGCUGCGCCUCCUGCUGGUGGGCCGCGGCUACACCAGCAGGGGUCCGGGCGACAUCCCGCCCAUCACCACGCGCCGCCUGUCCCCGGUGGGUCCCGCCGCGCCGGCCUUCUCCCAGGAGGAGGAGCUCGGCAAGCUGGUGGUGGGGAGCUACUCCGAGUACAACAACCACUUCGUGAAGGCGGUCGCCCACGGCGACCACGUCUACUUCCUGUUCUCGCGGCGCGACAUGUGGCACAAGAAGGAGUACCGGACGUACGCCUCGCGGCUCUGCGCCUCCGACCGCAGCUUCUACUCCUACGUGGAGGCGCCGCUGCUCUGCCACGGCGGCUACAACCUGGCGCAGGGGGGCGUGCUCGGCGCUCACUCGGGCCGGCCCGCCCUGUUCGUGGUCAUGGCGGCGGGGCAGGCGUCCACGCCGGUGGCGACCGGCCGCUCGGCGCUGUGCGCCUACGGCAUGGCCGAGCUGGACGCCCUGCUGCUCCGGGCGCAGGAGGUGUGCUACACCGGCGGCGGGCGCGGCGGCGGCGGCCGCGAGGAGGCCUACAUCGAGUACGCCGUCUCCUCCAGGUGCCUGAGGCUGCCCAAGGACUCCCUCUCUGAAUACCCCUGCGGAGGCGAACACACCCCCAACCCCAUCGCCAGCGCCGUGCCCCUGCCGGCCACGCCCACCGUCACCUCCACCACCCAGCUGACCGCGGUCGCCACGGCAACGGAGGCAGGACACACAAUCGCCUUCCUGGGGGACAAGGACGGCCGUUUACAUAAGGUGUUGGUGCGACCCGAUUGGUCCGGCGUUCUCUACGGUAGUGUGAACGUUGACGCCGGCAAUGCCGUAGGCGCCGACCUCCUAUUGGACGAGAGCCAGCGGCACGUUUACGCUCUGACCAGCAGCCGGCUGUCCAGGGUCCCCGUCUCGUCCUGCCAGACGCAGACAGACUGUCUGUCCUGCCUGUCCCUCACAGACCCCUACUGCGGCUGGUGUGUCCUGGAGGGGAGAUGUUCUCGGAAGCAGGAGUGCCGGCGCCACCUGCUGCCCAAUCAGUGGCUCUGGAGCUUCGACCCGACCAAUCAGUGCGUGGCGGUGCAGAGCCUGCAGCCGGCCAAUCAGAGCAAGCAUGAGCAGAAGCAGGUGACGCUGUCCGUCCUGCGGCUGCCCGCCCUCACGGAGGCGGAGCCUCUCUCCUGUGUGUUUGGACUCCUCCCGCCUCGGCCGGCCGUCGUCAUGGGAACCAGCAUCACGUGUCAGUCGCCGCCGCCGGAGACGCUCCCCGACAUGCCGGCAGGAAGCGAUCACAUGAUCCUGCCCGUGUCCCUGGUGUUCAGUCAUGUGACCAUCGCCACGGGAAACAUGACCUUCUACGACUGUGCCUCCGUCAGCCGCCUCAACCAGAGCUCCCAGUGUCUCGCCUGUGUCCACAGUCAGUGGAGGUGUAACUGGUGUCCUCUGGAUCAGCUCUGCACUCACAGCCAGAGCUGCCCGACGCAACACCUGAUCCUGAACCAGAGGGACUCCCCCGUCCCUCCCUCCUGUCCUCUGAUCUUUGCCCUGCAGAGUUCUGCCUUAGUGCCCAUGGGCCUGAGCAGCAGUGUGGUGCUGCGGGGUCGAAACCUGGACGUCUACACUGAUGAAGCUUCCUACACAUGUGUUGUUGAAAUCGAGGGAAUCCAAAUCAACCUGACAGCACGAGUUCAAAAAACACCGGACAACACACACACCUUCACCUGCAGCCCACACCAGUUUCAGUUUCCUGUCAGUCAGCUGCAGCAUCAGGCUCCAGUCUUCCUGCUAAUUGGACGGCAGCGAGUCGACGUCACACCUGGACUGAGCCUCCAGCUGUACGACUGCUCCGCCGGCCAAUCGGAUUGCUCGCAGUGCCGGGCGGUGCCUGAGGAGUACGGCUGUGUGUGGUGUGUGGGAGGCCCCGCCCCCAGCUGCACGUACAACCAAUCGUGUUCCGGCGCCACCGCGACCGCCUGCCCGCCCCCUCGGAUCACCGGGGUGCUGCCGGUCUCCGGCCCGCUGGAGGGCGGCGUCCUGGUGACCAUCAGCGGCUCCAACCUGGGCCUGAGCUACCGGGACGUGGUGGGCGGAGUCACGGUGGCCGGCGUGCCGUGUCCGCCGCGCCAAGAGGGAUACCGGAUCUCCACACGAGUUGUGUGUGAGCUGCAGCCCACUGGGCAGCCGGGGGAGGGGCCAGUCUUGGUUACCGUGGGAACGACCCCUCCUGGGAGGUCCACUCAGACGUUCACCUACCAGGAUCCCCAGGUCCUGGAUCUGGUCCCUGCUCAGGGUCCAGUCUCUGGAGGGACCAGACUGACCAUCAGGGGGGUCCGGCUGCUGACCGGGCAGACCUCGGACCUAAGCGCCUUCCUGGGACCGCAGCCCUGCUACAUUGUGGAGGAGGUCACCGACACCCAGCUGGUGUGCCAGACGGGUUCCGGUCGGACCGGCGACGUUCCGGUCCGGGUUCUGUUCGGGACGGCCGAGCGGAUCGUCCCCAAUGCGACGUUCCGUUACCUUGACGACCCGGAGAUCAGCGACGCCGCGCCGUCCGAGAGCUUCUACGCCGGCGGACGGGUCGUCACGGCGACGGGCAGUAACCUGGACGUGGUGCAGCGGCCCGUCUUCUCGGUGUGGGUGGAGCCUGUGGAGGUGCAACGGGUGAAGCGGAGGCGGCGGUUGUCUCUCCUGACCGCCCGGCGGCAGCUGGUCUUCAACGGCACCAUGGCAACGGUGUCGGAGCGCUGCUCCGUCCUGUCGCCCUCGCUGAUGAAGUGUCCGACGCCCGCCGUGACGGCCGGCGUCCGGGUGAAGGGCGUCUGGUUCCAGCUGGACAACGUCCGGGUCCACUUCCAGAGCGUCAAGGGUCAGAGCUUCCUGUACCACCCCGACCCGCAGCUCUACCCGCUGAACCGCGAAGCUCCGGAGGCGCCGUACCGCUUCAAGCCCGGCGGGGUCAUCGCCGUGGAGGGUCAGGACCUGACCAGAGCCAUGUCCAGACAGGAGGUCCGGGCCACACUGGGGGACCAGGACUGUGAGGUGAAGACCCUGGACAGCACCCACCUGUACUGCGAGCCUCCGGAGGUCCAGCCGGCCAGCCUGGACCAGAACUCCCCGCUGCCGGGCCUCAAGGUGUUCAUGGGAAACCUGCAGGUGGAGCUGGGCCGGGUCCAGUACGACAGCGACUCGCUGCUGCCCGCCGUGCCGCUGGCGGCGCAGAUCGGUCUGGCGGCGGGGGCGGCCGUCAUCAUCCUGUCGGUGCUGGUGGUCAUCCUGAUGUACAGGAGGAAGAGUAAACAGGCCCUCAGAGACUACAAGAAGGUGCUGCUGCAGCUGGAAACUCUGGAGAUCAACGUUGGAGAUCAGUGUCGAAAGGAGUUCACAGACCUGAUGACCGAGAUGAUGGACCUGAGCAGCGACGUGGGGGGGCCGGGGCUCCCCCUGCUGGACUACAGGACGUACGCAGAGCGGGUCUUCUUCCCCGGCCAGCAGGCGGCGCCGCUGAGCCGGCAGCUGGACCUGCCGGACUCCCGCCGGCCGACGGUGGAGCAGGGCCUGCAGCAGCUCAACAACCUGCUCAACAACAGGCUCUUCCUCACCAGGUUCAUCCACACCCUGGAGGCCCAGCAGGGGUUCUCGCAGCGGGACCGGGGCUUCGUGGCGUCUCUGCUGACGCUGGCGCUGCACGACAAGCUGGAGUACUUCACCGAGGUGAUGAAGACGCUGCUGCAGGACCUGGUCCAGCAGUACGUCGCCAAGAACCAGCUCAUGCUGCGCCGGACGGAGACCGUCGUGGAGAAGAUGUUGACCAACUGGAUGUCCAUCUGUCUCUACUCCUUCCUCAAGGACGUGGCCGGGGAGCCGCUCUACAUGCUCUACAGAGCCAUCAAGUACCAGGUGGACAAAGGCCCAGUGGACUCGGUGACGGGGAAGGCCAAGAGGACGCUGAACGACAGCCACCUGCUGAGAGAGGACAUCGACUACAGCGCUAUGACUCUGACGGUCCUGGUGAAGAACGGAGUGGAGGUCCAGCCGUGUCCAGUCAAAGUCCUGGACACAGACACCAUCACACAGGUGAAGGACAAGAUCCUGGACCAGGUCUACAGGGGGGCGCCGUUCUCCCAGAGACCCGCAGCGGACAGCUUGGAUUUGGAGUGGCGUUCGGGCCAGGCGGGUCACCUGACCCUGUCGGACGAUGACGUCACGGCGGUGGUUCAGGGCCGCUGGAAGCGAAUCAACACGCUGCAGCACUACAAGGUUCCGGACGGAGCCACGGUGGCCCUGAUCCCCCGCUCGCAGGGUUCUGGAGGCGGAGUCAACCAGGUGUUCCAGACCGGAGAGAAGACGCCCAUGCUGGAGGGCGAGGAGGACGAGGGUCUCCGUCUCUGGCACCUGGUGAAGAGCAUCGAGGACCCGGAUCUUCCCAAAACCCGCAAGAGCAGCCUGAGGGAGCGGGAGCGGGCCAAGGCCAUCCCCGAGAUCUACCUGACCCGCCUGCUGUCCAUGAAGGGGACACUGCAGAAGUUUGUGGACGAUGUCUUCGUGGCCAUCCUCAGUACGAAGCGUCCUCCUCCCAUCGCCGUCCGCUUCUUCUUCGACUUCCUGGACGACAUGGCCGAGAGACAUGGAAUCGACGACCCGGAGACCGUCCACAUCUGGAAGACCAACAGUCUCCCUCUCCGGUUCUGGGUCAACAUCCUGAAGAACCCUCAGUUCGUCCUGGACGUCCAGGUGACGGACAGCAUCGACGCCGUCCUGUCCGUCAUCGCCCAGACCUUCAUCGACUCCUGCACCACCUCCGAGCACAAAGUGGGACGGGACUCUCCGGUCAACAAGCUGCUGUACGCCAGAGAGAUCCCCCGCUACAAGCAGCUGGUGGAGAGGUAUUACAGUGACAUCCACAGCGCUGCGUCCGGCUGCUACCAGGAGAUGAACUCCACCCUGACGGAGCUCUCAGGGAGUUUUGCCUCGGAGAUGAACAGUCUGGUUGCUCUCCAUGAGCUCUACAAGUACAUCAACAAGUACUACGACCAGAUCAUCCUGUCCCUGGACGAGGACAGCUCGGGACAGAAGAUGCAGCUGGCCUACCGCCUGCAGCAGGUCGCCGCCCUGGUGGAGAACAAGGUCACCGACCUCUGAGCAGGACACGCCUCCAGAGACACUGACUGGACAGCUGUUACACUGUCUUCCUGCUGAGUGUGUGUGUGUGUGUGUGUGUGUGUGUGUGUGUGUGUGUGUGUGUGUGUGUGUGUGUGUGUGUGUGUGUGUGUGUUUUUAUAGUCAGACUCAGGUCUUUUGAUUUCCUCGCACAGCCGCAGUUAAGCUAAUGUCAAAGUAAAGUUGAAUUUAGCCAACUGAUCCUGAUCCUGAUCCUGAUCCCGUACCCAGACCCGGACCCGGGUCAUGGGCCUGUGUGGGACCACGACAAUCUACCAGUCCUCUGGAGGACCAGCCUUGCUCCUGCCGCCUUGCACUACGUUUCCCAGGGUUCCCUGCGGUUCCUGCCUGUCCCCCCUGGAACCGCGGCCCGGACCUCGGACCGGGUCUGGGGUUCAGGAACCAAACGCAAUAACAGAUUCAGAACUAGGGGGCGUAGGAGUCCGGUUUCAGUGUGAGUCCGGGUUCUGGGCCUUCUGACCUCAGACCGGACCGGCGCCUGAUGGGCCGGGUCCUUCGAGUCUUCCUCAGUUCUGGGUUGGGUCCAGCUUGGCCCACCUGGACUCCUCAGGUCUACAUGGAAGCAGGUUCUGAUUGGAUCUCCAGCCGAUCCAGCAAUAAAUCCCGGUUCUGUGAGCCGGUCUUCAGUUUGCUUGUUUUGCUCGUCGGUUGAAAACUUUGGUCUCCAGGUUCAGCUCGGAGACGACGUCCUGGGGUCCAGGAAGUGGACCAGCAGGUCCCUCGGGGAUCUGAUCGGCCACCUUGGUCUCCGCGCCAACAUUCACCACGUCCGACAAAACGGACACCGUGACCGGGAACCCAGACCUGGAACCCAGACCUGGAACCCAGACCGGGAACCCAGACCGGGAACUGAGACCUGGCCGACAUCCUGCAGGUCUUUGGAAGCUCCUGCUGACAAAAGGCUGGAUUUUACCUCCACUUUAGACGAUGAUGGUUUCUUAUUUGUCAGUGUGACCGGUUCACAAACAAACAAACAAACAAACAAACAAACAAACAAACAAACAAACAAACACACACAAACAGUCAGACAGUCAGACAUGCUCACUGAAGUUUGUUAAGUGUGGAGAGCAGAAGAGCGUCUUGAAGUCGGACUCACACUGAAACGUUAAAAUUAAACCUGCUGAACCAAGAAAAACCUGAAGAACAAUCUGAAGUGUGUGUGUGUGUGUGUGUGUGUGUGUGUGUGUGUCACUAACUUAUUGUGUGUACAUACUGUAAGUCCUGUUUAUACUUAUUUAUCCGGCUGUGCCUUCAGUCCUGCAGCUUGGUGGCGCUGUCUGUUCAGACAGAAGCCUUAUUGAAAGUGUGUCCCGGUGCAUGAUGGGAAGUCCCGUUGCAUUAUGGGAAGUGAUGGGAGGAUCCCAUCUUAACUUAUAUUGAACCAGAGGAGAGGAACCUAAAUGAUGCACUCAGAAACCUGAUAAACUGCGAACCUCCGAGAGCACGGCGAGACGGGCCGGUUACCGGUUCACACUAACCGUUGACCCCUGAAGCUGUUGGGACUGUCUGUUGGGACCAGGUGUUGGGACCGGGGGUUGGGACCGGGGG